GACGUAUACGCAGUUUGGGAUACAUUUGAUCGUGUUAUCCGACUAAGCUUUCUGUUCUGUCUAUCCUAUAACAUCGUCGCCACCACCCUAUUUCGAUAUCUUACUACGUCCUUAAAGUUGUGGGAUACUCAAAAAGAAGCUAUCUGUACCGCCCACAUCACGCCCGUCGUUACGUGUAUAAUCGUACGCGCCAUUUAACGUUCCCUCGCCGUCAUCGGAGUUUUGCAAGUCGAGCUCAUUCACGUAGAGCAAGAACACAACACAACCAUGCAGACGCUUACGGGAGCGGUUGAGACGCUCCAAGACGCCGUGCUACUGUUUGAGGCGUGCAGGGAAGGAUAUCUGCCGCGUGUGCAGAGGCGGUUGAACGAAUCGGAGAAGCGAGCUCGCAUUCGAUCGGGCGCCAUCUUCGUCUGGGACGAGGAGGAGGCCGCGAUUAAGCGUUGGACCGAUAGUCGCCUCUGGUCACCGUCGCGUCGAUUUCAAGAAAGGUUCCUCACGUAUUACGAGAUCGAAGGCAAAGAAGCCACAGCGACACAAGUAGAAGCCCGACCGGUGGUCAAUCGUGACCCAUUCGUCGCGCCAAGCAGCGGGCCAGUGGUUCGCAAGCCCGGAGGCCUGUCUAAACGCUGCCUCUCCGUCCGCACAUCCAACGGCAGGAAGCUGCACCUCGUCGCAUACUACCUCGAAGCUGACCUCAACGAGGGCAAGCUUUUGCGUCCGCACCAGCAGCAGGCUCUCGCGGGACUGACCGAGCGGCUACUCACCUACGAGGCGUUUAGGAGGUAUCCCGAUUUGUGGCAGGCGUGGCUGGACCCGAAGAAUGCGGACCGGGCGGCGAGGGCGAGAGGAGGACCCAUCAGCCCGAAUGCCGGUCUCGAGACGGCGAGAGAAUCGGUGGAGUACGAUAACACUGCGGCCGCAGUGGUAGGCGCGGCGCAGCAACGAGACUAUCCACGCCAGCAGUAUUACCCUGCUGCUGGGUUUCCUUUCCCGACGGGUCCGUGGACACCUGCGAAUGUCGCGGCACCAGAUGGAUACCGUGACGCCUCGUACCCACCACCUCCGUCGGCCCGGUACGCCGGUGGGCAAGGGAUGCAUGCCCACACGCAACGAGGCCCGGACCCCGUCAUGAUGCGUGGCCCUCCAGCCCAACCGGGCGAUGGCGUUCAUCAUCCGCAUCACCGCUAUGAUCACGCGCGCCCAGUACGUGCUCCACAUUACGCACAUCCGCACGCAGAGCAGCAGGCCGCGUACUGGCGGCCCCCACACCACCACCACCGUCCCGGUCCUUGUAACGAGCCAUGCUGCGUAGGCCAAGAUACGUCCAUGCUCGCUGCGCACCGCUCGGCAGGCCAGCUGGACAUGUCCAUACCCGACGCCGGAGGCGAAGUUCUCUCUACCGGCGCAGGCAAAGCCCACAUCCCAUCAAACUUUACGCCCGCGUACGUCGCAUACCCAAACAUGCGGGGUAUUGCACAGACAGCAGCAGGCGGAAGCAAUGGUGACCGUCGCUCCUCCACCUCGCGCCUCCCACAACAACACCCAAUCGCUCGCUUCGCCGACAACCCUUACGCACGACGAACAAGCACGUCGUCCGCGUCCACGGCGACGCCUCCGCCUUUCCUCGUCCAUUCGGCGGCGUCUAGCAACACCAGCGUCGGCACGGCCCCGCAUGAUGCGCUGGUGCCGCACGGCACGCCCAAUUUGUCGGUCGACCCGGCGUUGCUCACUGGGAAUGGGAAGAAGGCUGUGACUUCGCCUCCGCGUGUGGCAAAUGUGUCGAAGGCGGAAACGAGGCCGGAGUUCUCUCCCGCGGAUGCUCCGAGACGGUUGAGCAUUACGGGGUUGAGCUGAAGGCGGGAGGGACAUCUGCCUCAUUACACUCCAACGGUAUCAAGUUGGGAGGAACAGGCAUCUUCACCGUCAGUUCUUUACGUAUUUGAACUUUGAUCUAUCAGUCCACAUGAUUCCAUGUCUCGUAAUUCAUUUCAUCACCGGAUGCCUCAUUGCUCUGUUCUCAAUUUUGGCUUGGAAUUUCCCAUCUGCUCGCUUGUUGUGAUUCGAACAUCUCUCUGCAAUUGCUGUUCUUCCGUGCUUUCUGAGCGAGCUUUCUCGGUUAUUGCUCCCUAUUUCUUCGUGAAUGAUAAUCCUGCUAUCCAGUAUACGACCG